AUGACCGCUGCCUCUCAACGCGCUCUACAGCUGCCGUUUUUGCAAAAGUCCACUACAUUCCGACUAGGCGGUCGGCGACGACGUUAUGCGGCUGCGGUGUGUGCCCCGGGAGGGAUAAUCUGGUGGCCGAAUCGUCUACAUCCGAAGGGCCAAAUGGCCCCUGCAACGGAGCCUUCAGAUGAGGAGAGGCAGCCAUGCGGAACAACAACCUCUUCGCACAACGCACCCCGGACUCACGAGCCCGACGAGUCGAGCUCCGCCAACGAGCUCAGCGCCGCCACCGAGGACAAGGAAAAUUUUGUGGCGUGUUCCGAGUGCAUUUGCGGCUGUCGGAUUUGCAACGCUCGUGUGGACGCUUUUCGGGCGGAAAACGGGCGUUUGAUGCGGCAAUUGGAGACGCUGAAGGAGAAGAUUCGAGCGCUGGAGGGUUCUUCUGAUGAUACGACUAGUUCCCCAUCCGUCACGCGGCGCCCACCAACCCCAGUCGGCAAGGUGACGCCGAUUUCAAGGAAGAACCGGAAGCCAAGUACGUCCACCGACACCUCUCAACACACGACGAUCAGCACCUCGGCGUCCAGGGAAAUUUGGAGCGAGGAUGCUGCUCCUCGCCAACGCUCGAACACCUUCAACCGGAACGCCGAGUUACACCUACCACAAAUUGUCAACCAGCCGCCGCUUCAAGUUUCGCCGAUUGCCAGGCCGAUUCCGAGAAAUGCCCGCUCACGCACGCCACCUCGCCAUGACCGAACCCCUGUGAUGCCGUCAAGAUCGCCAAUCCGGCUUCCCCCCGGCUCGAGGCCUUUUGCCUCGUCGAUGAAUCGGUUGCCGAUGAUUGGCCAGCCCGAGCAUUCCAGGACCCCGGAACGAAGAGCGCCAUCCCUUCGAUCUCGUCACGCUUCACCAAAUCGCACGUUCAUCAUUGCGCCGGCUAGAAGGGCGGAUAGAGAUGGUGCCCCGUUCACCGUGCCCGCAAAUCGACGCAGGCCGCCGCUACGCCCUUCCGCCGAUCAGAGCACGUCGAGCACCGACGAGCAGAUCAUCAUUGAAAGGAUGGGUUCUCCAACGCUAGGCGGGACUGGGAUGACGCUUAUGCAACGCCUGAUGUCUCGAAAGCCGGAGUUUGUGCGUCACCUGGAGGAGCGGCAAGACCGGAUCAAGCAUGCGUCCCUUUUGCGCAAGACGAUUCAUCAGCGGAAAUUGCAUACAGCCGCCCUGCUCGCCGAAGAUCUGAUCCCGUUGGAAGAUGCGCUGCCGGUGCUGCGCGAGGACCCGAAUCGAGUCCGCGCCUUUACGCCGGAAAGUGUACGCGGGCGUACGCAAAGGCUCUUCCGCAACACCAACGAAUACCAGCAGCGGCAGGAGGCUCGCGAGAGGGAGGUCGAGCGGGCGGCUGCCAGGAUUAUUGCCCAUUUCGCUGCCGAGGAGCAGCGCCGCUAUCGUCUCGGCGGCCUUUACACUUGC